CCGGAUGUGUCCGUGUGUCAGUGACAGAUCCUGGGAUAGAGACAGACAGCAUGGCAGCGGCUGUCGGCAGGAGCGUGGUGUUCGUGACUGGGAAUGCGAAGAAACUGGAGGAGGUGAGGACUGGGAGCUCACCCGCACAGCGAGGGACAGGGACUGGGUGGGCUCGCUGCUUCUCACAGUCAUUCAGAUUCUAGGAGACAAAUUCCCCUACAAGCUGGUGUCCAAGAAGAUUGACUUGCCAGAGUACCAGGGAGAGCCGGAUGAGAUCACAAUACAGAAGUGCCAGGAAGCAGCCCGGCAGGUCGACGGCCCUGUGCUUGUGGAGGAUACCUGCUUGUGUUUCAAUGCCCUGGGGGGGCUUCCCGGACCCUACAUCAAAUGGUUUCUGGAUAAGCUGAAGCCUGAAGGCCUGUAUAAGCUGCUGGCUGGUUUUGAGGAUAAGUCUGCGUUUGCUCUCUGCACCUUCGCGUACAGCACUGGGAAGCAGGCACCAGUCAUCCUGUUCAGAGGGAAGACCGAAGGUCAAAUCGUUGAACCAAGGGGACCCCGUGAUUUUGGCUGGGAUCCCUGCUUUCAGCCGGAUGGUUAUGAAAAGACGUAUGCAGAGCUGCCCAAGGAUGUAAAGAACAGCAUCUCUCAUCGCUACAGAGCCAUCAGGGCCAUGGCUGACAGCUUCAUUCAGCACUGUGACAACCCGGACAGCGGCUCCCAGAGCAGCUAGACCUGGAGGCAGCAGCUCCUGCCCGCUGCUGAGACACCCUGCUUACAAGGGAGAGGGUUAAACGCAGGAGGACAGUGGACCGUCAUGGUGCAGUUCCUGGGGAAUGCAUCCAAUCUGAAGGAGCUUGUUGGUUAACUCUUGCGCUGCUGUGGGAAGCAAUCUUUUUUCUUUUCUUUGGAAUUCCUCCUGGUCAAUAGAGAGAGGAGAGAAACUCCAGUGAAAGAUCAGAUCAGUGUGUCCUGCAGACAGCUUGUAAAAUGUGAUACUGCACCAAUAAAACCUGCCUUCUUUUA